AUUUUUUUGUCUCCUGUCUUGCGCUGGAACAGCAGCUCAAUUGCGCACAGGAAACCUGGCCAGGCUUCCUUGCACGAGGUCUGACGUCUGACGUCUGCUCCCUUGUCCCACCAUUCUGUUGGCACCCACCUUGGGGCCCUGCCUGUCUUGUCCUCAACACUGCGCUGCACGGUACGGUGCGGUGCUCCUGCUCCACCCCUGACGGACACGCUGCUCAACCGUCAUACGCCGGGCUCUCUUUUCCCACUUCCUCUCUUUCUUCCUGGGUUCCUUGAAUAUUUCUACCUCGUUUGCUCUUAAUCAUGCCGUCGCCAUCGUCACAAGCCGGCAAGCGCAAGCGCCCCAGCACCGCCGCCUCCGCCAUGCUCGACGACCAGACCGUCCUCCAGCCGUCGUCUCGCGACGCCUCGGGCGAGGAUGGCGAUACCACUGCGCCCGAGUCGGCUGGCCGCAAGACCACUUCCGCGACGACGUCAACAACCGCCGCCCACCACCGCAAGUCCGACUCGAAUGGCAACAACAGCGCGAACCCGGCUAAGCGCCACCGUGCCGGCUCAGACGCCGCCGGCGCUGCUGCCGCAGAGAACACGGUUGACCCCGGCGAGCCGAGCGACACCACCGAGGCCAGCAUAGACAUUGCCGACCGUGUCGGCCGCAAGUCGAAGCGCGCCACCAUCUCCUCCGCCAAGGACGUCCAGAUGGGCGGUGACGACAGCAGCGACAAGAAAAAGGCCGACACAAUGGCGCCUCCCCCGAUCGGCACCCUCACCCACCCCGUCGGCUACCGGACCAAUGACCCUCCAGAGGGCCGCCAGAUUCGUGUUUACGCCGAUGGUGUCUUUGAUCUCUUUCAUCUUGGCCACAUGCGCCAGCUCGAGCAGGCCAAGAAGGCCUUCCCCGAUGUCUACCUACUCGUUGGCGUGACGGGCGACCAGGAGACGCACCAGCGCAAGGGCCUCACUGUGCUCUCUGGCGCCGAGCGUGCCGAGACCGUCCGGCACUGCAAGUGGGUCGACGAGGUCAUCGAGAACUGUCCCUGGAUCGUCACGCCAGAGUUCCUCGACAAGCACCAGAUCGACUACGUCGCGCACGACGACAUACCAUACGGUGCGGACGAAGGGGACGACAUCUAUGCCCCAAUCAAGAAGGAGGGCAAGUUCUUGGUCACGCAGCGCACCGAGGGCGUCAGCACGACCGGAAUCAUUACCAAGAUCGUCCGUGACUACGAAAAGUACAUUUCAAGACAAUUCAAGCGCGGCGCCUCGCGGCAGGAGCUCAACGUCAGCUGGCUCAAGAAGAACGAGCUCGACCUCAAGCGCCACGUCCAGGACCUUCGUGAUAACAUCAAGUCCAAUUGGGCCACGACCGGCCAGGAACUCACCCGCGAGCUGCGCCAGUACUGGCCUGCCAGCCGGCCCCAGAGCCCUGCGCCCCUUUCGCGCCUUCCCAGCACGCCGGGACCCAAUGGCUACAGCGACGCCAACAGCAUGCGCGAGGCCGCCGCCGCUGCGUCAAUGCUGCGCUCGCCCACGACGCCUGGCGCAGACAAGCCUCCGCCCAGCGAGUUCAUGUCUGGUUACACACUGGGUUUGAUUGGUGGUGUAAGAUCAUGGAUGACCAAAAGCCAGCGGAAUCUCCGCGACAGCCGGCCCGCCAGCGACGACGAGUCGGACGACAGUGAGGAGAAGCAGGCGGAGAGAGGCCGUCCUGGAGCCAGCACGUCAGCGGCUCCGACCUCGGCAGCCGCGCCUGCGCGGUCAUGAAGCUGAAGCUGGCAGGAGGAACAUAGUCGUGGACAAGCCGCCAAAGCACAGCAAUAGCCGCGGUUUACUGGAUGGUGAUGGUGGAGCGGGUAGUGGUUUCAGAUGGGACACCUGUGUAUCAACUUUUCCUUUUAAUGUCUGAGGUGGUUCGUGAAAUAGACGCUGCCCGCACGCACGUACGCACGGCAGGAGCGGCUCAAAAAAAGAAUUACAUGUGUUGUAUUAGCCGUCGUGUCAAGAAAAAAAAAACACCUGGCCUGAAACCGAAAGACACGCGGGAGUAUCAUGGCUCGGCCUCACGCAGAAAUACUUGGGUGAAGUGGUUGGCUCAUGUGUCGGGGAAGCUCGAUAGGAGCGAGACCCCGUUUGCAAUGAAGAGAAGACGAAGAAGAAGAAGAAGAAGAAG